CGGGUACUGAUCAUCACGGAUCUCGUUCCAACAUAGUGAUCGGUGCCUUGACGAUGUGGGCGGACAUACAACAUAAUAUAUACGUUCUUGAUUAUGAUCGAUAUAUGUCCCUCGAAGCAACUCAAAGGUACCGAAACUGGUACAAGAAGCAUGGUAUGACACGUGUCCAGAACCCUUCUCACAAUGUGCCCACGACAGGCUACACCCCAACAGCACACGAUUGGGGUAUUGUGAAGCAAGGCGUUCACGAGGUGUAUCAGCUCUUAACCGACCGCGCGAGUUAUGAGGAUUGUCAAAAACGAUUACGGCAGAUGGCCCUGGAUGUAGGUGAUGAAGAUAUGCUCCACCGGGGAAUAUUCCACUAUGAAGAUGAAGAUGCAGGUGGAAGUGACGAAGAGGAUGAUUCACAUGAACGUGAAGAUGGGGGUGAGGAUUCACAAGCGCCCCCUCAAUUCUCAACACAGGGUGUCUCAUUUGAUCAACCACCCCCUCAAUUCUCAACGCAUCAAGGUGGGUCAUUUGAUCAACCACCGCCGUGUUAUGAUUCUUAUCAGUGGUCCACACAACCUGAUGAUUAUGUUAAGUCAUUUCUGAAUUCGUCUUUUUACUAUGGAGACACAACGGGGGCUUGGAACACUGGCGGUGGGGAUGGAGCAGGGCCGAGCACGCAACAUUAGAUGUAGUAUUAAAUUUAAUUUUGUAUGUACCGUCUAUUCAUUAAUAAAUUAUAUUGAAAACUACAUUUGUUUUGUUCACUUCCAUUAAAAUUAUAAAAA